GGACUGGGGAAUGUUGUGCUGAGGACCCUCUGGAGCAGGCUAUCCCUACUUGGACUUGAAGAAACCCAAGGCCCAAGUCAACAUGGCCAACCCAGUGCAGCCUCAGCUUCAAGACCCAGGCUCCACCUCACCCUUGGAACUGCCUGAGAUGGAAAAGCUUCUCACCAAAGUGGAGAACAAGGAUGACCAAGCCCUGAAUCUGUCCAAGUCUCUGUCAGGGGCUCUGGACCUGGAGCAGAAUGGUCACAGCCUGCCCUUCAAGGUUAUCUCUGAGGGGCACCGCCAGCCCUCACUUUCUGGCUCCCCUUCCCGGGCCAGCUCUCGGCGAGCAUCCUCCGUCAUCACCACCUCCUAUGCCCAGGACCAAGAAGCCCCCAAAGAUUACCUGGUCCUUGCCAUUGCCUCUUGCUUCUGUCCCGUCUGGCCUCUCAACCUCAUCCCCCUCAUCUUUUCUAUCAUGUCUCGAAGUAGUGUGCAGCAGGGGGACCUGGAUGGGGCACGGAGGCUGGGCCGCCUGGCACGGCUGCUUAGCAUCACAUUCAUCGUCCUGGGCAUCGUUAUCAUCAUCGUGGCUGUCACUGUCAACUUCACAGUUCCGAAGUAACCACGGAGCUGUUUCUAGCGGAGGCAGAUACCGGCCAGCUGGAGAGCUCCGAACCCACAUGUCCCCACACAUUGCAGAGGACAAGAUGGUGGCUGCUGAGUGCCCACCCGUCCCCAAGCUCCAAAAGCACAAACUUGGAGGGAACUCUCUACAUCACUCCAUUGUCAGCCCACGGCAGACGGGAGGGAAAAUCUGGAAUGAAGUUGGACUCAAUCUCAUAGUCAGGUCUCUCACCCUUUGACCUCAGUUCUUGGGCUUCUCAUCCCACAAUUCCUGGGACUUACAUGUAGCGUAAACUGCCAGAAUGGGAAGAAAGCCAGCCCCACGGCCAAGAAGAAGCACUGGGUGUCUAUGAACAAGAGCAUGUCCUGGCCUCUGUCUUUUCUAUUUUUCUUGAGGGGGAGUAAACAGACUACUUGCAUGCUUUGUGCCGGUAAUCCCAGCCGGAGCCCAAGGGGAAUCUGUCUGUCAGCACAGGCCCUGGGUAUUCACUGGCAAAGAGACAAGAGCCAUCCGGAAAUCCUCCAUUGACGACUGGAUAGGGAUAGCAUGACACACCUGGCGCUCUUGCUGAACGUCACGCUGGAGGCUUCUCUUCCAGGGACUCUGGAUUCAGAGUGUCUUCCAGAACCACAGGAUCUGCCUCUUGAUUUCCACCUGUGGCGUAGCCUGUGGGCACCAACCUGGAAGCCUUAGAACUUGACCUGUCCCAGGUCAGCCAUGGGGGAGGGACAAGGCUUGUUUUUUCUCUCUUGCCACUGACUCUUUGGAAGUCUGGGACCCCAUCUUGGUAACCCAUGAAAGUGGCUCGGGAGCUCUAUACAGGGUAUUCAGGGGGUCCUACACAGAAGAGCUGAAGUGGAUCCUGGCUUCAGACUGUUAGCUCAGCUCUAAUGGAUGCUGUGUUAGUGCAGCUCUGUGCCUGGUCCUGCAUCCCUGGCCAUCCACAGCAACAAAGGCUUUACCUAGAGGUAGCUUUGAGACUCCCACUGGACUCUCCUGUUUAUUCAUAGGCUCUGGGGAGUUGCUGCAACUUGUAAGGGAGGGGGCUAGAGAAUUCUUAGGAAGGUUUGUUAUUUCUUUAUCCGGAGUUCAAGGAGUCUAGCAGGAAAGGCUCAGAACCCUCUGCCAA